UUUCUAAAACUUAUCUUUUUCACAUCUCUCUCUCUCUCUCUCUCUCUCUCUCACUCUCACAUCUCUAUUGCCAAAAUCAAAAGGUUUCGAAAUCCCAACACACAAACACAAAAAGGGAAAAAGAGUUUCCAAAACUGCACACUCUUCGUUGUUGCGCCUCCUCAAUUUCCUUCUCCGAAACCCUAACUCUCUCUCUCUCUCUCUCUCUGGACUUUAAGCGUGUACUGUAUAUGUAGCAUAUAUAGGUGGGUGGGAUUGUAUAUGUAUGUAUAGAUUGUAUGGAUAAUAAGGGCCAAGUCGAUCCAGGAGUCACCGAGUUAACGGCCGAGUCGACCUGGGCGUUCGGUGACGACGCGGAUGGCGUAUACUUCUUCGGGAGCGAUAGAGAGAGCAGUGUUCUGAGCGAAUUCGGUUGGAAUCUCAGGCCCGAGCCCAGCGGUUUCGCGGACUUGGAUCGGAUCGGUGUGGCGGCGGACGAGAGGCCGGAAUUGGCGGGGAGUGAUAGGCCGUUGAAGCCGGAGAGGGGGAACAUCACCGCCGUUCAUGCGGGGCCUGCCGGCGAUGCUUCGACGUCGAACCCAUCGGUGUCUUCGAGCUCCUCGGAGGAUCCGCCGGAGAAGUCGACGGCCUCCGGAGGGGACAAACCACCGCCCGAGACAGCGAGCAAAGUUAGAAAGAAGGGGCAAAAGCGAAUCCGACAACCACGUUUUGCAUUCAUGACUAGGAGUGAAGUUGAUCAUCUUGAAGAUGGUUAUAGAUGGCGGAAAUAUGGGCAGAAAGCAGUUAAAAAUAGCCCAUUUCCAAGGAGCUACUAUCGCUGUACAAACAGCAAAUGCACGGUGAAGAAAAGAGUUGAACGCUCAUCUGAAGAUCCAGCUAUUGUGAUCACGACUUAUGAAGGCCAGCACUGUCACCAUUCUGUUGGAUUCCCUAGAGGUGGAUUAAUCAGUCAUGAAGCUGCCUUUGCAAGCCCGUUGACUCCUUCAGCCUCACAGUUAUAUUUCCCAAGAGUACAAUUUCCUCAACAAGGUUCAUCUAGUGCACCAAAAUCACACCAGGUUCCAAGAGAACCCUACGUGCUAGCCGAGCCAAAUCCACACCGUCCCACUGAUGAAGGACUCCUUGGCGACAUCGUACCCCCUGGAAUGCGAAAUCAAUGACAAAGUUGGCCAUGCAAAAGACAGACCAUGAAGCAGGUGAAUUCAUGGUAUUCCAGUUACUUGGAGCCAGAUAUUUGAUGAGCUUCUUUUACCCAGUACUGGAGAAAACCCUUUUCUUCAUAUCAAGUGGCUUACCAGCUUUAUGUAAGUACUAAUGUGCCUGCCACUAGCUAAUACCACUGGUGCCAUUCCCUGCAUUUUGAGCUCUUCAUUCAUCUGUACUGAUCGCAUCGAUUAUGAGCUUACUUAUGCGCAUAUAGUAUAUAUAUAGAUAUAUAUAUAUAUUGUAUAUGAACUGCCUUCAAUAUUUAAUAACUGUUAGGUUUGCAUCUCUAAUUAAUUAAGCUAAAUUCUGUGCAAAACCCUUCACUUUUGAGAAACAUAUAUUUAUGUGACUGCCAACCCUCUAUAACCAUGCUUACCACCUCCCCGAUUUACAUGACUUUCUUGUGAUUUCUUUGAAUAUACUUUGGCCUUCUUGUAGCUGUUGGUGUUUUUGCGUGUAGUUUUGAUGCUUAACAGUGCUUACUUAAUCUGGUAAUUCAUUCACAGUUCACGGCUUUAUAUUCGUAGUUUCGUGCAAUUCGAUGUUGCUUGCUUCAAUCUCAGCCGACAUUGCUUUUUCUUCUUUCCUUUUUCACCUUUUCUUUUAACUUUUCCCCACCAGCCGAAGAUACCACUGUCAACCUCAGUGCCAUACUUUUGUCUACAGCAUGCUGCAUGCUAGCUCCACCAUAUACAAACAACCAAUAUUUAAAAAAGAAAUUAACAUUUUUUUAUGUGGUUAUUAAUUAAUUUUAGAAUUUCAAGGGGGGAUGAAUGUAACAGUAAAAUAAAUUUCCACUAGAAGGGAUUUCAAAGACGCUUUCACAAAAAUAAUGUUAUUUAUAUUUUAGGGAAAUUAAGCUUAAGAUUACAUCGAUCCCGCCCUAUAUACAUAUAUGAAUUGAUCUCUCCUUGUUAUCUCAUUAAUCUUCUUAAUUAGUAGAUAAGAAAAUGCAUGAGAAUAUUAAUGGCUUUGGCUAUACCCUUGGAGAGAGUAAAGAAAACUGGGAAGAAACCCAAGCCAAAAGCAGCAGCUAGCAAUGGACAAAUUAAGAGACAAAAACAAAACAAAA